ACCUACAAUCUGGGAACUGGAAAAGGUUACACUGUACUGGAAUUGAUUGAGGCCAUGAAAGCGGCGUCUGGCAAACCGAUCAAAUACACUGUUGAAGGUCGCCGUCCUGGAGACGUUUCCACUGUGUAUGCCGACGCCUCGCUUGCCAAGAAAGAGUUGCACUGGCAGGCCACCCUUGGGCUCCCCUCCUUGAGGGGCCUUCUAAAGCUACCGUAG